UCCCCGUGCAGAUACACUUCACCAUAAAAAAAAACAAACAAACAAAAAACCCAUAAAUGGCUGGUUUGGCUCCCCAGUUAUGGACGAUAUGAAGCCUUUUUUUUUUCCUCUUAAUGAACUCUGAAUGAAGAUCUCCAUUUUCCCUCAGCCGCCCAGAACACCGUUCAACAUUUACGGACUUAUUUUAAGCUGCUGAGGAGAGAGGCAUCCUUUUUUUUUUUUUAACCUCCACCACCAGCAGUUAGGCGGACACCUGUAGCUGAAUCUGGAUCACAUUAAAACAGAGAGAGAAAGGGAGAGAGAGAGAGAGAGAAGGUGAGGUUGGAUUGUUUCACGUCCAUUCGCAUCCGUCCUGCAGGAGAGAGGUGCUCCGGCGCUGUUUUGAUCUCGAGUGGUGAAGCGCAAAGGUAGCCCUAAAGCCAUUUACGGACGCAUUAAUUUCUAAGCCGCUCUCUGUGCCUGCUUGCAGACAGGAAGGAGCAUGGAUAGAGAGGAAUUUGCUGUGACUCGUGCGCUGAGGGGAUUUGUAGAGCUGGGGAUGCGCUCCACUGGAAACUAAACUAAAGGGACAGCGUCUAAAGCAGCGUUCCCAGCAGCUCGCCAUUUCUCCUCAGGCCUCUUUUGUUUCUUACUUUCAGGUUUGUUUGUUUGUUUUUUGACGAGGAUUUAGGGUUUUUUCUAAUAAUCAGUCAUGGGGAAAGAAGAGUGCAAAACAAUGCUGGACGCUUUGAACAAAGUGACCGCCUGCUACAGGCAUUUGGUCAUCGCCCUGGGAAGCACCUCAGACUCGCAGAACCUGCGAGAGGAGCUGAAGAGGACCCGCAAAAAGGCCCAGGAGCUGGCAGUGGCCAACAGGACUAAACUGACAUCUCUGCUCAAAGACAAGACCAUCAGCAAAGAGGACAGGGCCGAGUACGAGCGCCUAUGGGUGCUGUUCUCGAGCAGCAUGGAGCUCCUGGAGGUGGACAUGAAGAGGUCCCUGGAGAUAGGGCAGGAUUUCCCCCUCAAGGUGCCAACGAGGCACCUCAUCCAGACGGGGAUGACCGGCAGCACCACCACCGUGGCGGCCCGCGCCAUGAGCGUGCAGAACAUGAAGUACGAGGCGGACAGCAACAUCGACACGGCGGACCUCAGGGACCUGCAGUCCGAGAUCACCCAGGUGAGCCAGAUGAUGGAGGAGAUGGAGAUGAAGGUGCAGGUGGCGCCGUGGGCCGUGGAGGCGAAGCAGGAGGCGGGAGCGGAGCUCAAGUCCAACAUGAGCGUGGGAAAUUCCUCCGUGGGCGUCAUCUCCAUCUGCGAAGAGGAGCCAAAAGAAGAGGACGGGGGCGGAGGCAACAGGGAUGCUGGUUUCGCAUCCAUCUGCGCCGUGGUCGUAUUUUUUGUCAUCGUGACUGUCGCCGUGGUUCUAGGAUAUUUGGUCAUCAAUAUGUCCUGAACUGUCUUAAACCAACAACAGCCCACCCUGAUGGACACCCUUUGCGAGGCAUUCCCUCGCGGGCAGCGUCACCGUGGGUCUAAGAGCCAGUAUAGCUCCACAUGAGAGAGGACCAGCUUUGCUUUGCCGGGUUGAGGGGCUUGAAAAAAUUGUGGACAAGUUAAUAAUCUAUCUCGGAUAUGUGAAUGUAUUCGGUGGAGUUGAGGAGUUGCACUAGAUAAACUGUAGAAUAACAUAGCCAGUGUGUGUCACUCAGAGAAAAUGGACCAUGCACCCAAAAAAAAAAAAAGUAUUUCGAGGGCCAAGGGGUCGUGUUUUUGAAUGUGGGGGAGAAAAAAAAGGACAUAAAAUUACGUGACAGUGUCUGGCCAUCAGGAUGAUAUAAACAACACGUAAUCCAAGUGGAUUAGUGGAAAAGCUCAAGCAUAAAUGUAGCCUACUGUUAAGUAUUCCCCCUUGAUAUCCUGUUGAUUGAUGCUUUAAAUGUAUGAUAAUUUAUGAUAUAUUCAAUCCAGCAAAGUCAGAUGCGUUCAAGGGAACAGGAGAAGGAGGAAGAAGGGGGGGGGGACCACCUAGACAGAGAAGUAAGUCAAGUGAAAACCAAUAGAACCAGUGUUACAGUUAACUUUUUUGCUCCUCACAUCACAUAGGUUGGAUGUGAACCAAUCUGCACUGUUCUACACUCCUGUUAGCACAGGUUUUAAAUCUGUAUAGCCAGACUGUAGUAGGCCUGCAUCUUACUUUGCAUCAAAUCACAAUGUGCUACAUGAGAGCCUUGGGACCUAAGAGACGUCCACAGUCUUUUUAAUAAUGCACCCGUUUCACUGUAAGCCUGUCCAUGUUCCUAUUCAGGGUUUUCUCUUGCAAACAGUGUUGAAUGUAUACAUUGCGACAUGUGAAUAGAGGGGUUUGUACAUACAGUCUUUACUGCUGUGUCAGAUAAUGUACAUACAAUCAAGUAUAUUUAUUAUAAUAAAAUGUUGA